GGGGGCAAGUGAACGACCUGCUACAGUGCUAUAGGAAUGCGACCAAGCAUGUGCGUCCGCAUUGCUUUCUGAAGGGGGCUGGCAAAGUGGCUUUGGCAGUGGCAGGAGCUGAUUACGACGACAAAAGAGCACAGUAUUUGGAUUGAAAGUCCUCCGUUGCUGAGCGCUGUUCAGAGGAGGGGGCUGCUUAAGGUUUGCGGUUGCUUGUGCUCCACUUGACCUGGAAGAUGAUGAGCUCUUCCCAAUCUCUGCAUCGGGCGUCGUCGGAGUCUUUCAGGCCGCAAACUCUGCGGCACGGUUCAAAGGAGCAGGAAUGCUUGAGUGGUCAGAACAGGCGGUUCCCAGCAUUUCAGAAGCGUCCAUUGCCUCCACCUUCGUUGUCCAGAAGCAUCUGCAACACUCUAAUAUGCAGUAGGGAUAAUAGUCUCACUUCAAGAGGAAGCACAUUCCGACCAAAUAAUGACAUCUUUCUUAGUCAAGGGAAAAUUGAAGACCUUAGAAGGAGCCCAGUGAGCCCAGUGAAUCCAGUUGGACCGCCCGGUGUUCGAUGCCGAGCUUCGUCUACUCCAAAAACGGUUCCAGAGCAGCAUCUGGCGCAAGUGGUUGCAGAGGAGACGACGGAUAAUGUUCGAUACCGCCAUCUGAUCCGAAGCAAAAGCCACAUCAUCCAGGGGGAUCUCGGAUUGGAAUAUGGUGGUACAGAUUUUGGCCCUUCACCCAAGGAGAUGGUGCUGUCAGGUCUUGCAAUGGAGACAUCCCUUACAAUGCGAAUGUAUGCUGACAGGAAGAAUUGGCCGCUGCGACGGAUACGUGUGGUGGUGAAAGAACAUGGGCGAGGAAAAGGGCAGCUCCCCGACGGCCUUGAUGUUGUUGUACACUUCGAUGGGGAGCUGUCCCGAGAACAGAAGGCGGCCCUGCUGGAAGUGGCAGGGAAGAGUCCAGUCAAAAACAUGCUAUUAGGCAAGAUGACCAAGGGCAUCUCAACACGAAUAGCCAUCAAGCAAAAGGCUCGGCCAGGACCGGUUCCUGAGUUGACAGGUGGCAGCUGAUUGUUCAGCCCCUAAGAAAGGGCUCACUGCUGAAGCAGUAUUGUACUGUACAUACAUAUGGACGAUACGGUCCGAAACGCGGGAACUUCUGUUGACUGUAUCCGCUUUUGCCAUGGGUAUCUCUUGCCAGUGGGGAUAUACAGCUCAGAAGCCGGCCAGAUGUUGACUGUUGUGCCACUGUGUGGGCUUUUAGUACCAGCUUUACAUCGCAAGCGUACCAGGCUGCCGGCCUUCAAAACAGAAUUCUAGGUCGCUAUACCGUCCAGAAGUACGUGUCGCGUAUGGUCUGUCUAAGGAUAUGUUACGAUGGGCCAGUACGUGACAUAAUCAUCAAUACUUUUCAGAUCCG